CUGCCAGCAGCAGCUCGAGGUACAGACUGCUGAUCCUGGAGUGCUGCUCUGACCCAGCAGCCACCAAAGAGCAUUACCGGGGGGAAGAAAACCAGAAAGAAUAUCUCGUGUUUUACAACAAACACGUUGUAGCGUUGCCCUAAACAUCCCAUGUUAUGGAAACACCAGCCUAAAUGUGUGCUGACUGAUAACAGCAAGGAAGGCCCAUGGCCGCUCCCAGCACAGCCACGAUGGGGCACGGGGAGGGAGCGUGGAGCCGAGGCCGUGGUGUGGGCAGGGACACGCGGGCAGGAGCCUCACUGACCCUCUCCCUUUGCUCCCGCAGACUCACGCCUCACUAUGUUUACCCCCAAGCUAUCAUUCAGCCCAGCGUGGUGAUCCCCACCCCCGUGCAGUCCAUCGCAUCUCCCUACAUCGACUACACCGCCGCCAGCCAAGCCUACUCCCAGUACACCACAGCUGCCUACGACCAGUACCCCUACGCUGCCUCUCCCGCCGCGGGCUUCGUGGGUUACGGCUACACGGGGGCAGUGCAGCCCCCCAUCACUGCCAGCACCCCGGCAGCGCCCGCCACCGCCUUCGUGCAGUACCAGCCCCAGCAGCUGCAGCCCGACCGCAUGCAGUGAGCCCGCAUUGCUGGGACAAGUCUUUUGCAAUGGAAGGAUGCAAUUAGGACAACAAAAGCAACGGCAAAAGAAAAACAAACAAACAAAACAAAGAAAAA